AUGUCAGAACUCGUACACGACGCAAAAAUCAAGAUUGAUGAUCCACGUUAUGAUCAAAAUACUUAUUCGGGUCGAGCUAAACAUUUCUUUUUAACAACUAAUCCAUUGAAUCUUUUGGCUACUAGCCAACAAUUGGAUGAAGCAAAAAGAAUUGUUGAAGAGUAUCGUCAUGGUGUUAUUGCACGAACGGGCAUGACUGUUGAUGAUUUAUGGAGUGCAAAAUACUUAUAUGAUAGUGCAUUUCAUCCUGAAACGAAAGAAAAAAUGUUCAUUCUUGGUCGAAUGUCAGCUCAAGUUCCAUGUAACAUGUUAAUUACUGGUUUUAUGCUGACAUUUUAUAAAACGGUCCCUGCUAUUGUCUUUUGGCAAUUUGUCAAUCAAUCGUUUAACAGUAUAGUCAAUUAUACAAAUCGAAGUGGUGACAAACCAAUAACGAAUACUGACCUAAUGAAAAGUUAUGCUGUAGCAACAAGUGCUGCCACGGCUACUGCACUUGGUUUAAAAGCUGCUGUAUCAAAAUUACCACCCAUCAUGGCUCGGUUCGUACCAUUUGCUGCUGUAGCUGGUGCUAACUGUGUGAAUUUACCGUUUAUGCGGUGGAAUGAAAUUCGAGAUGGUAUUGCAGUAUUCGAUAAAGAUGGCAAUCGCGUUGGAGAAUCGUCCCAAGCUGCAAAGAAAGCUAUCACUCAAGUUGUUCUUUCACGUAUCGGCAUGGCUGUACCAGGUAUGAUUAUCCCACCGAUUAUUAUGAAUUCUUUGGAACAAAAACCAUUCAUGCGCCGUCGUCCAUGGUUAAACAGUCCUAUUCAAAUUGCUCUAUGUGGUGUCUUUUUAACAUUUACAACACCCAUGUGCUGCGCAUUAUUUCCACAGAAGAGUUCCUUACCAGUGGCGAAAUUAGAUGCAAAUCUUCGAGAAAAAUUACUACGUGAUGGAAUGAAAGAAACCGAUCGUGUCUAUUUCAACAAAGGUCUUUAA